ACCACGCGCGAAGCAACGGCGCAUGCGUCCGCUGAAAUUGCCUCUGCCCGGGCUCUCCGCCAGAGUUUCCAGUUCCGGCCUCCAAGGGGCAGGCAGAAGCCGGGAAUAUGCGGCUGUCGGUCGCCGCCGCCAUCUCUCAUGGCCGCGUAUUUCGCCGUCUGGGCCUUGGUCCGGAGUCCCGCAUCCACCUUCUGCGGAACUUGCUCACGGGUCUGGUGCGGCACGAACGCAUCGAGGCGUCGUGGGCGCGUGUGGACGAGAUGAGGGGCUACGCCGAAAAGCUCAUUGACUAUGGAAAGCUGGGAGACACCAACGAAAGAGCCAUGCGCAUGGCUGACUUCUGGCUCACGGAGAAGGACUUGAUCCCAAAGCUGUUUCAAGUACUGGCCCCUCGUUACCAAGGUCAGAAUGGGGGCUACACAAGAAUGCUGCAGAUCCCAAAUCGGAAUGCGCAGGAUCGAGCAAAAAUGGCAGUGAUCGAGUAUAAAGGGAACUGCCUCCCACCCUUGCCUCUGCCUCGGAGAGACAGCAACCUUACACUACUCAACCAGCUGCUGCAAGGACUACAGCAGGACCUCAGCCAGAACCAGGCAGCAAGCAUCUACAACUCCCACACAGCUCAAACAUCAGGGCUUUAAUUGGAUCUGCAGGGUCUGUGACCCUCAUCAGUGCCUAUGAUCACAGGCCUUUGAAGCUCCUUUAAUCUUUAAGAAGACCUGGAGAUAGAGCUGUAAAAUUGAUAGUCUUGAUGGGGCCAAAAACCCUCUGGGAAGCCAGAUGAUCAUCUUUUUGCAGAAUAGAUAAAAUUCUUUAUCUGAGUCUAUAU